AUGGCCGACGAAAAUGCCGACUGUUCCCUUCAGGAUGCCAGUCAAAGCCUCGAUGACCGCACAGUGCCUCAGCCACAUCGACCAGCUCGUUAUGCUUCGACUCCCUCAUAUGAAAGCCCCCAAAGGCAUUAUCGCCGGAAUCCAAUAGUCAGGCGCCCAGUUAAGGUUGUUACGCUUUUCCGUUUCUUUUUCUCGCUCUUAAAAAUUGAUUCGUGUGCUGAUGAAGCUGGCGAGCUAUUGGCCGUUAAAGAAUUCUCCAAAGCACGUUUAAGGAAACGUGCCCAAUCACACCUUUUGCGGAGACCUCGGAUCCCGAAGACCUCAUCGGAUGGCUUUAACUCCCCGCUCCAUCGUCGGCCAUUGGGGGGUGCCGACGAUCAAAAAGGAAAUGCCCUUUAUCUUAUCAAGGAAGAAAUAGCGAUCAUGAAAAAGUUACAUCAUAACAACCUCGUGUCUUUGAUAGAAGUCCUGGAUGACCCAACGGAAGAUUCACUAUACAUGGUGAUGGAGAUGUGCAAAAAGGGGGUGAUCAUGAAAGUUGGACUCGAAGAAAGAGCUGAUCCUUAUGAGGAUGCACUGUGUCGUUGUUGGUUUCGGGAUUUGAUUCUAGGAAUUGAAUAUCUACACGCACAGGGGAUCGUUCAUCGAGACAUCAAACCAGACAACUGUCUAGUGACCAGUGACGAUGUUCUCAAAGUUGUUGACUUUGGAGUGUCUGAAAUGUUUGAGAAGGACUCGGAUAUGUUCACAGCGAAAUCUGCGGGUUCCCCCGCAUUCCUGCCGCCGGAGCUAUGUGUCGUGAAACAUGGCGAUGUUUCUGGUAAGGCGGCCGACAUCUGGUCCAUGGGGGUGACAUUAUACUGUCUUCGAUAUGGCAAACUGCCCUUCGAGAAGCAAAGUAUUUUCGAGCUCUAUGAUGCUAUUAAAAACGAUCCAAUCCUAUGCGACGGGGAAGCUGAUGACAAGUUUAAGGACUUGAUGUCACGGAUCCUAGAAAAAGACCCGGCAAAAAGAAUAACUAUGAAUGAGCUGCGAGCACAUCCUUGGGUGACAAGAGACGGGCUAGACCCUCUACUACCAGAAAGUGAGAAUACCGCCGAAAUCAUUGGGCUUCCGACUGAAGAGGAAAUGAACUCCGCCAUCACGAAAAACAUCGGACAUGUCCUGGCUGUGAUGAAAGCUGUGAAGAACUUUAAGAGACUAGUUGACCCGGCCAAAGCAGAGCCACCAAUGCAGAGCAUUCUUGGUCAGGAAUAUGAAACACAUUUUGUCCAGCCGCCUCUUGAAAUGGAGCCAGACGAAAGCUUUUCAGCUGAAAAUAACACAAUUCCUAAUAAAAGUCAGAGUUUGGACAUGUAUGACCGGAAAUCCUGGGGGCUUGAUAGCGUCCUUCAUGGAUAUCAUCGGCAGCUGCCUGAAGGGUUGCCUUCUAACCAGUUACUCGAUGGUGGCGUUUCUAAAGUUUGCACAGGAGAUGGCAACAAACACGCUGGUGGCAUUGUACCUGAGAGAAAAGACUCUGGCUCCGUGCGCGGCUGCAAUAUUCGAGAUGAGCUGGGGGACGAUGCACAGACUUGUAUGCCUUCGUCUCCCUCACCAUGCAUUCCCUUGUCACGAGCGAGCUCAGCAACUACUAAGCGCAGUAUCGAGGGCACACGUGGUCAUGCACGAGAUCUUUUGGAAGAGGAUUUUUCAUUUUUAUUCAUCGGGCCAUCUAUGUAUACUGGCUCUUCACAAACAGGCCCUAGUGAUGCAAACCUGGUUGCUAUUGGUGACGAGACGGACGAUUUGACGCCCACCGACUCCUUGGAUGCUGAGCCGAUAGUAAGCGAGUCUCCCGGUGCUGCUGAAUUUGACAUCUAUGAAACUGCAUAUCGACAGGAAAUUGAACGCAUUCGGAAACGCAGCAUUCCCCGGCAAGGAACCGCACCAAAGGUAUAUCUGACUCGUCGCGUGGAGGGAAGAGACGAUAUGACGAAACUGGUGCAAGACGAAGGCACCAGUAUGGCACCUAGAAUCGGCACUAAAGCUGCAAUACCUUCGGGCCCGAGUUUGAGUUCUGCAGUAAGCACAAUAAGAGCCCAGAUGGAACAGCAGCGGCAGCAAGAACAAUCGAAGGCGGGAGAACCCCGGCUUCCUGAUAAGCCUCCAUCCUCUUUAUUCCCUUCUAUGGUUCCAGAGCCUAUAAUGUCAUCGCUUGCUGCGACCGGUACCUCGGCUACUGAGGUUUCAUCGUCAGAGAGUCCCCGGGCCAAAUUACGCUCCCUCCUUGACCGGGUAAGAGGGGGCCGUGAAUGA